AGCUUAUUUAAAGGGGUAGAUAUAUGUUUAUAUAUCGCAACAUAUAUUUGUAUAUUCGAUACAUUUUGAUUAUAAAUAAGCACCGCAGACGUCAAACAGGCGCCAGUGCCUCUGAUUGGUUAAUGGUCGUUUCCGGUUUAAGCGCUCUACAUUUGAAAAUGUUCGGUUAGCAGCGAAGGCUCUACCUCCGUCGCUUUUGUUGACAGUCGGAGUUCGUUAUGUUGCUUAAAGUAAAACUGGGAGAGUAAGCAAAAGUUUCGAAUACGGAGUCUGCACAUAAUACCGAGCUCAAACAUGGCUCAGCGCGUGGCGUUGGCAGAAGGAGGAAACAAGAAGACAUCAAGAGUUCGUGUAGCUGUUCGUCUGAGACCCUGUGUGGGGAAUUCAGAUGAGAAGGACGAAGGACCAUGUGUAAGAGGCCUGGACUCCCAGAACCUGGAGAUAGUCAACUGGAGGAACGCCACAGAAACAGUCAAAUACCAGUUUGAUGUUUUCCAUGCGGAGCAAACAACACAGCAAGAGGUUUUCCGCUCAUCAGUGAAGCCCAUCCUCCAACAUAUACUGACCGGACAAAAUGCCAGUGUCUUUGCAUAUGGACCAACAGGAGCUGGUAAGACCCACACCAUGUUGGGCAGUCAAGAGCAGCCUGGCGUGAUUCCCCGCGCCGUGCGUGAGGUCUUCAAUUUGGUCAAAGCCAAAGAAGAGGAUGGAGGAUGGGACUAUAGCAUUGGCAUGUCUUAUUUAGAAAUUUACAACGAGAAGGUACUCGAUCUGCUAUCACCAGGUUCCCAGGAUUUACCAAUCAGAGAGGACAAAGACAAAAACAUCCUUAUCCCCGGCCUCACCCUCACAACAAUCUCCUCCUUCUCUGAUUUUGACAAACACUUUAUCCCUGCCAGCCUCAACCGCACCACAGCUUCUACAAAACUGAACCAGCGAUCCAGCCGCAGCCAUGCUGUCCUCCUCCUCAAGGUCGUGCGGACUCAGCGUGACCUGCCCCACAGACAACAGACAGGAAAGCUUUACCUGGUCGAUCUGGCCGGCUCAGAGGACAACCGCCGCACCGGCAACCAGGGCAUCCGUCUGAAGGAGAGCGGUGCCAUCAACCUGUCUCUCUUCACACUCAGCAAAGUGGUAGACUCUCUUAACUCGGGCACCGCCGUCCGUGUGCCGUACAGAGACAGUAAACUGACACGGCUGCUACAAGACUCUCUGGGCGGCUCGGCGCACUCGGUCAUGAUCACCAACAUUUCACCCGAGUACGAAUACUAUUUUGAUACCUUCAAUGCACUGAACUUUGCAGCCAAAUCCAAGCUCAUUGUGAACAAGCCCUUCACACGUGAAACAGUGGCCGCGCCUGUGCUGUCAGUGAAGCGGACCAGAGAGGACCACGGGGUACGGGGGUCUGUAACCGAGCCACAGAAGAAGAGACUGAAAGAGGAGCGGAAAACAGAACAAGAUGGUUCCUCCCCCUCUGCACAAAUUCACAGUCCGUCGGUGAUGGACAGACUACUCGCUCUGGAGAAGCUGAUGAUGAGCUGCCAGGACAAAGACAAGCAGCUUAAAGAUGUAGCCCAGUCUCGCAAGGAGAUCCAGGUGCUCAAAGAGAAGCAGAAGGAGUUGGAGACCAAGGCCUUGCUGUUCAGUCGCCUGGCAGGAGAAAAGUCUGGUGCCACCAAGGAGUCCAUCUUCAAGAACAACACAGCUCCUCUGCAGAGAAAACCGUCAACUGCAACCACAGCCAAUAAGCAGAAGGCUGUGGUUCAACCCCUUAAAGUGUCUCAGCUCCAGCCUCUUCAGCAGCUUGCAGUCGUCAAAAAACAGUCCGUCUGCGUCAAGAAGAAAGAGAGGAAGCUUUCAGACCAGGUUGAGGGCCCGGAUGGUAAAGAAAACAUCAUGGAGCACGGCUGGGAGUCUCAGCUCGACACAUCGGUGCUGGAGCAGUCAAGACAGAAGAUCCUGCAGGUUCUUAACACCGGCUCCCUCAAAGACCUGAAGGGUCUGCAGCAGAUCGGUGACAAGAAGGCAAAGCUCAUACUGGGCUGGAGGGAGAUCCACGGUCACUUCACAAAGUUGGAAGAUCUGGGAAAAGUUGAGGGUAUGACAGAAAAGCGAUAUUCCUCCUUCAUGAAGACAAACAUCCUGAGUGCCAUGGGGAAAUGAUAUUGUUUUACUUCAGCUAUACCCUGUGUUAUGUAUAUAAAUUCUUACUCAAAGACUAUUAUUUGUUAUUUUAUGCUUGGUUUUAUUUUGUUUUUGUAGUUACCACACUGCUCCAGCUGGUGGCGUACCAUUGCUUUUAAUAAAUUUUUCAAAUGACA